AAACUCACAACUUGCACUAUCUAGCUACUAGCAAAAUCUGUCAUCCUUUUUCCGGCCUUUGCCUUCUUCUAUUUGGGGUUACUAUUCCUCUUCUUUCCUUACAGACACAAUGGGAGUUAGAAAGUCUAUUGUUCUUGUGUCCUUCUUCAUGUUGUUCCUUUCUUUAUCUUCAGCUUACCCUAAACCAAGAAAACAGUACAAACCAUGCAAACACCUAGUGCUCUUCUUCCAUGACAUUAUCUACAAUGGUAAGAACGCUGCCAAUGCCACAUCUGCAAUUGUAGCAGCACCUCAAGGAGCCAACCUAACCAUCUUGGCUUCCCAAUUCCACUUCGGGAACAUUGCUGUUUUCGAUGACCCCAUCACCCUUGACAACAAUCUGCACUCAAAGCCUGUGGGCAGGGCACAAGGCAUGUACCUCUAUGAUACAAAGAACACUUACACCGCGUGGCUUGGGUUCUCGUUUUCUUUGAACACCACAGCCUACCAGGGUAGCAUAAACUUCAUCGGAGCCGAUCCUCUUAUGAAUAAAACUAGAGAUAUAUCCGUUGUGGGUGGCACCGGAGACUUUUUCAUGCACCGGGGAGUCGCAACCAUCAUGACAGAUGCUUAUGAAGGUGAAGUAUACUUCAGGCUCCGGGUUGACAUCAACUUUUACGAGUGUUGGUAGAUUUAAGGCCUGAUGUAUGUGAGAAGUGUUCAAAUUUUAUGUUCUGUUUCACUCCAGUCAUCUUUUCUCUUUUUUGGUGAGAUCAUUCUAGUCAUCUAGUGUGCUUAAAUUUGAGAGUGUUCUGGAGCAACAUGAUCUAUAUUUUACAUUCAAAUUUGUACUUUCGUGUCCAUCAAUAAACAAUAUGAUCUUAAAUUUCCUAAUAUAUGGUAUGAAGAGAAAUUCUGG